UUCAAUACAUGAGCAGCCCGGACACAUUUGUUUGUGACACACAACACAACACGUCGAGCCUCUGCACAGGAAGUUAUCCCGCUCCCCUUUCUUACACGAGGAGUGAGGAUGUCCGAGCUCAGUGACGAGGCCAGCGGGGAGCCGCUGGGGGCCAGCCUGUCCCUGUGGCUCGGCGGCCCCCUGCUCCGGGCGGAGGGGCUGGACGUCCCGCUGGACCUCCACACCGCCUGCUCCAUAGGACUGUAUGACAUCGUGGCAGAGUGCAUCAAGAAACGAGAGGUGGAUCUGGAUCGCAAGAACAUGGGCGGCUGGACCCCUCUGAUGUACGCGUCCUACAUCGGCCACGACAACAUCGCCAACCUGCUGCUGGAGGCCGGUGUGGCCGUCAACGCCACCACCCCCCGCGGGCGCAGCGCGCUGAUGCUGGCCGCCAGCUGCGGCAACGAGAGUAUUGCCUACUUCCUCCUGCAGCACGGGGCGGAGCUGGAGCUGAAGGACCUGCGCGGCUGGACGGCGCUGCUGCACUGCACCACCACCGGCCACCAGCAGAUGGCGCGCUUCCUGCUGGACAACAACGCCGACGCCAACGGGAGGGAGCCCCUCUCCGGGUUCACGCCCCUGAUGGAGGCCGCUGCCUCUGGGCAUGAGAUCAUCGUCCAGCACCUCCUGGACCAUAAGGCGAAGGUGGACGAGAGGAACGCCGAAGGCCAGACGGCGUCCGCCCUGGCCCUGAUGUACGGCCACACCAAGGUGGCCCGCCUCAUCGACGCACGCUGCCCCAGGGCCAGAGCGGGCCCCCCCGAGGACCCCAGCUCCUCGGAGGACUCCGACGGGGCCCCCCCCCGCCCCAGCCAGAGGCCGGGUCGCCACCGCGCCAAGGGGCCCAGCAUCCACGACGGGCCCCAGGCCAUCGCCAAGUUCCACGUGGGGGCCCCCAGUAAACCCAGUGAGCCCCUGGUGCCGCCGGGCUACAUGACCUUCCAGGACCCCGGGGAGCAGAGCGAGGGCAUCUGUUACCGGGACGUUAUCUCGCCCAUCAACGAGCUGGACGGCCAGAGCAACAGCAGCAGAGAUGAGAGUCCCCUGCUGGACCCUGACGUUCCUGACGUUCCGGCCAGGAGCAGCAGCAGCAGCAGCUGUGAGGGGGCGCGGCCGGCGGCCAGCCUCACCUGGGAGGGCUCCGUGGAGAGCAACGAGGACUCCGACCGAGCCAAGAGGACCAGCUCCCGGCGCGCCCCCAAGGGCCACCACGCCAAGGGCAAGGGUCGCCACGGCAACAGCAACGGCUCUGCCUCGGCCGCGCCGGGGGGUGGCGGGGGCCCCCCUCCCUACGCCGGGCCCAAGGACCUGGCGGCGUUCCUGGAGCAGAUGGGCUUCUCCAAGUACCUGCCGCUGCUGGAGGAGCAGGACAUCGACCUCCGGAUAUUCCUCACGCUCACCGAGAACGACCUCAAGGAAGUGGGCAUCACGCUGUUUGGACCCAAGAGGAAGAUGACCCACGCCAUCGCCCGCUGGCACAGCAACACUCGGCCGCCCAGUGACGCCCUGGAGCAGGCCUACGCAGACCAGCUGGAGGCCGAGAUGCAGGAGAUGGCCAUCCAGCUCCACAAGCGCUGUGAGGAGGCGGAGGCGCUGCAGAGCCAGGUGUCCCAGGAGAAGGACCUGCGGGCCGUGAUGGAGGUCUGCCUGACGGAGGACAAGGCGGCGUGGGGGCGUGUCCACGGGGAGCUGGUCCAGAGCCACGGGCUGGCCCAGGAGAUGAACGCCACCCUGGAGCGAGCCCGCGCCGCCCGCGCCGCGCUGGGGGCCCGCCUUGCUGCCGACGGCCUCACCGCGGGGGGGGCAGGGGGGCAGAGCUCCGUCCCGGAGCUGAUGAAGAGGCUGGAGGCCUACGAUGAAGAACUGGCGGGGAGCCUCCACACGGUGCUGCAGAGCCUGCGGCGGCUGAGCGUGUCGGAGCAGGUGACGGACAGCUGGGAGAGGCCGUAGCGGCAGGUGAGGCUCCGCCCUGGAGGGCUCUCCCCGCGGCCUGGAGCACCCCCAACCCAGGCUCUGUGACCCUACCACCCUGGACCCACUGGAGGAGGAGGAGCCUGGAGGAGGAGGAGCCAGCAGCUCUCUGGAGGCGUUCCCUCCACAGGGAUUCACCAUUCCACCACGGGAACAUUCCUUUAGUCUCAGAGCCGUGGACACCAGGGGGGGGGGCAGACCGGGACCAGGACCAGGACGGGGACCUGGGGGGGGGGGAUCCGGCUCUGGGUCACAAGGGUCCCCGGGGAUAUUCCUCCCUAGUCCGGUUUACGGGGAGACUUCCUCUUGGAAAUCCUGCCAAAGUAAAAUAACACUCCUCCAACAUUGAUUAGGAAGGGCGGACCAUAAUGGAGGUGGCUGACGGAGUCCCACAGCGCGGCCUCGCCGUCUGGCCUCUGACGGACCACCAGGCUCUGGUCUAGGAACCAUCCUCACCUCUCUGAAGUUAACCGUGCCUUGGGUCAGCCUUAAUGGGAUGUUUUUAGGGAAAUUGUGUUGGUAAAUUUCCUUGUAGUUUUAUUAACGUAGCCUGAUGUUGUGCACUAACCCCUCCCCCCCCCCCCGUCUGGGAUCAAUAAAGUGCAUCUCCCACACCUGACGGGAGAACACCAACGCAGAACGUCUUUUUGUGAACGGAUCUGCAGACAGGUUGGCUCAGAGUCGCUGACCCCGAGCAGAGCGAGAAAUAAAAACGACGUGGAUGUUUCGAUCCAGA